AUGAAUCCCACUCAGAGCGACCCAGCUGCCGCGGCAUCGACGAUUGCGCGAUUGGAACCGGCUGCUAACCAAGCAUUGCAGACGGCAGAGCAAGCAAUCACUGCUGUUGCGUCUCGCAAAAGCAGCGGCAAGGAUGGAAAGGCCGCCGCCAAAAAGAUCAUCUCUGGUGCCCGACAAGUGCUACCAAUUCUGACUGUAAUUUCGGAAGUCCACCCCAUUGCGAAGGGCGUGAUAGGAAUAUUUGCGGCUUUGGUAGAGAUGGAGGCUAACCGUCAAAACAACAACCUUCAGAUCGCGGUUGUGUAUCAUUCUAUGACUAUCACAAUGCAUACCCUCCGAUAUCUCGGGGCUCUGCUUGACCAGGUCGACGAAGUGGUCGACGAUCUACAAGAUACUCUCAGCGAAAUGACUCGAACAAUGGAAGAAUUCGGUAAUUUGGUCAACACAUAUUAUCGUUAUUCCGCGAAGCAUGCUAUAUUCCGUAUCCUCCGCUCUCAAGAGUACAAGGAACAACUCGAGGAGAUAAACCAGACAUUUGCUCGCCUCAAGGAUGACAUGCGGAUGAUCUUGGAAGCUCGUACCAUGGUCUCGACCUUCGAUACUCACGAGCAAGUGCAGACUGUCUCUACGAACAUCAACACUGUCAUUCAAAUGCUCGGCGCUAUUGGCGCGAAGGAGCAAAAGGCGGAAGAGUACAGCAAGGCGCAUGGAGGUGCCGGGAACAUCAUCCAAGAUGAUGCCCUGCUUGCUAAAGUGGCUGAAAUCCUCGGAGAAAAGCUGCCGCCCCAAAUCAAGGCCGCGCUUCGAAAGGAUAUGCAGGAUAUCCUUGAGCAUGAUCGUACUCAAUUCAAGUUCGCUUUGCAAGCAGCAAGUGAUAAUAUAGAAGAAAGCGUCGCUCGCUCCGAGAUGGCGAUUAUCAAACAUCUUGAUGCCGGGCCUCACGAGCUGAUCGACGACCCCGAUGUGAAAGCUCUUUGGCAAGGUAUGCCCUCAUUUCUCCCUGAACUACAUAAAUGGAGAACCAGCGUUAAAGUCCGACCUUUUGUUGAUGCGCUGCACGAAUACUUCCAACGUCAAUACGCCAUGAAGAAGCAAGAAACCGGGUCGGCACCUGAUGAUGCGUGGACGCUAAAAUACUUGGCCAAGGUGAUGUACCAUCCGGCCAUCGGGAACGCUAUCGAUGAAGAUGGGAGUGGAUUCGUCUCUGUUCACGAAUUGAACCACUUCCUCGAGAAACGUCCCGUCAAAUCCUGGACUGUGCCAGAGACCCUUGUCUUCUGGGCCGUUGUCUGGCCGCAGUCCAAUGCAUUUUACUAUGCAGAUAUCGCCCAUUGCCUCAAAACGAUCAGGACCUUGAUCAACCGCAGAAAGGUUACUGACGCCUUCAAAGAUUACUUGGAAGUUCUCGGGUAUCUCGAUGUCGUAGUAGAAUCCCUCGACGAUGUUGAAGACGAAGACGGCGAUGGGCUAACCGCACUCUUGGAUGCAUAUGUCGAGGCCAAAGACGCCGAAAUCAUUACAUUCCUGAAAGAAACCCAAUACCGUAUCUCGGAUACUUCGACUUUGGAGUAUAUCGUUGGGCAACGUAUUGAACUAGUUCUGGCGCCCUUGCUCGGGCAUAUAUUGAUGGAACAUAUGAAUAUCAUCCAGGGAUUACGCAAGGGGCAACAACCCGACGACGAGAUAAUUGGUUCGAUGUGUGAAACAUGCGCCUCUAUCUUCGUCGCCUUCUACGAGAGAUUUGAGGAGUUACAGCGAGGAUGGAAGCAACAGAAAGUAGACGUUCACCUAUACACUGAUAGCUUCGCCAACGGACUCUUCACCGCCAUCUACAAGGCUGACGCAGAUGGCUUUUCCCAAUUGACCGGCGAUGUGGACGAAUACGAUGAAGUGUUCAGUGACGAGGAGGAAGAGGACGAAGAAUCGAGCGAAGCUACUGCUGUAGAGGACAAGACCGAUCAACUUCUGCAGAUGGUCUCUGACUUGACUACCAAAAUGAGCGGAAUGGAGGCUAGACUCGCGAAUAUGGAGAAGAUUCUUGCUGGCGGCGGCGGACAGCUGGGCCCCGCUGGGCAAAAAAAUAGAUCUAGCCCGAAUGUAAAGGUAGCGAAAGCCGGCAAGCCAAUAUCGAGCGGAAUGUCCGGGCGAGGGAAGGCUGGCGACGACGACGGCGACGACGACGACGAUGACGAAGCAGGAAUAUAUAGUCGCGGGAAGCCAGGGAAGCCAGCCAAAUAUGACGACGAUGAUAACGACGACGAUAACGACGACAACAACGACAGCGAGGGGGAUAACGAUGGUAGGAGGAGCGAUGGCGACGACGACGAUAACGACGACGACGACGACGACGACGACGAUUGA